AUGCUCAGGUGGAGAGCAAGGAACUGGAGCACCCCUGGGCUGGGAUUCUCCAUGGCAUCACCUGCCUGUCCUAGAAAGGAAGGUCCCCACCCACCCAAGCCCACCUCAUCCCAGCCAUACCUGCCCUGUGCAGGCCCCCUGGGCCCUCCAUGCCCAGCUGGAGUUGGGCAGUGUGACCCACACCACACCAUGGCCUCCUCGGAUGGGCUGCAGUACCGGGCUCUCUACGAGUACCAGAAGGACCAGGAGGAGGACCUGGCACUGUGCCCUGGGGAUGUGCUGACAGUCAGCAGGGCCGGGCUGCUCAGCAGCCCCGACUAUAAGGACGGGGACGAGCGCAGCCCCCAGGGUUGGCUCCACGGCCUCAACGAGCGCACCAAGGAGCGUGGAAACUUCCCCGGCACCUACGUGGAGUACCUGGGUCCCACACGCAUCGUCCCUGCUGCCACCAAGGCCAGGCCACGACCCCUGCCCCCGCCACCUGCCGGGACCCCCCCACCCUGGGGUCUCCAUGGGCAGGCAGAGCCCACUGACCAUCCUACCCUCCCCGAGCAGGCACUGCCAACCAUAGCCAGGCUCAUCGAGGCACUGGAAAAACAAGGUCUCGAGAGUGAGGUGCUCUACAGAUCUGCUCCUGGUGAUCUGGGGGAUGCUGAGCUGAAGCAGGCUCUUCUGGCAGAUCCCUUGGCCGUGGACAUGGAUCUGUACGAUGCUCAGACACUGGCAGAGGCCCUCAAGUGGUACCUCCAAGAGCUCCCAGCACCCCUGAUCCCUCCAGCUCUAUACACUGACUUGGUCCACAUGGCUCAAGAAACCCCAGGCCUGGAGGAGUGUGGCCAGCGAGCCAGAGCCCUGCUGGUCCCUCCAGCCCUGCCACAGCCCCAGGCUCUGCUCCUGGGCCAACUCACCCAACACUUCAGCCACCUCUGCCAGGGCACCCGCCGGAGCCGCCUCUCACCCCGGCUCUUCGGAGAGCUCUUUGGGGAGCUGCUUCUCCACUCUGCAGCAGCCAGCACCGAGGCAAGCCCUGAGCUCCGUGCAAGGAUCCUGGAAUCCCUCAUCAUAGCUGAGACAGCAGAGGUGUCAGCAGCCCCAGCUCUUCCUCCAAAGCCCCCCAAACCAAUGACUCCAGUCAAUACAAAUGGAAUAAAGGACAAUUCCAGCUUCUCUCUGCAGGAAGCAGAGUGGUACUGGGGAGACAUUUCAAGGGAAGAAGUAAAUGACAAAUUACGAGACAUGCCAGAUGGAACAUUCCUGGUGCGGGAUGCAUCAACCAAGAUGCAGGGAGACUACACUCUGACAUUACGGAAGGGUGGCAACAAUAAACUGAUAAAGAUCUAUCAUCGGGAUGGAAAAUAUGGCUUUUCUGAUCCACUGACAUUUAAUUCAGUUGUGGAACUGAUUAACCACUACCGUAAUGAGUCUCUGGCUCAGUAUAACCCAAAGCUGGAUGUGAAGUUGAUGUAUCCAGUGUCCCGAUACCAGCAGGAUCAGUUGGUGAAAGAAGAUAAUAUAGACGCAGUAGGUAAAAAGCUUCAAGAAUACCAUGCUCAGUAUCAGGAAAAGAGCAAAGAGUAUGACAAACUGUAUGAAGAAUAUACCAGAACAUCACAGGAAAUUCAGAUGAAGAGGACUGCAAUUGAAGCAUUUAAUGAAACCAUUAAGAUAUUUGAGGAGCAGUGCCACUCACAGGAGCGAUACAGCAAGGAAUACAUUGAGAGGUUUCGUAGGGAGGGGAAUGACAAAGAGAUUGAACGGAUAAUGAUGAACUAUGAAAAAUUAAAAUCCCGUCUGGGUGAGAUCCAUGAUAGUAAAAUGCGCCUGGAACAAGAUUUGAAGAAACAAGCUCUGGACAACAGGGAGACUGAUAAGAAAAUGAAUAGCAUCAAGCCUGACCUAAUUCAGCUUCGCAAAAUCAGAGAUCAGUAUCUGGUAUGGCUCAAUCACAAAGGGGUGAGACAGAAGCGAAUAAACGACUGGCUGGGAAUCAAAAAUGAAAAUAUUGAUGACACAUAUUUUGUGAAUGAAGAAGAUGAAAACCUGCCACAUCAUGAUGAAAAAACUUGGUUUGUCGGGGAUCUCAACCGUAUCCAAGCAGAAGACUUGCUCUGUGGGAAACCUGAUGGAGCAUUUUUAAUUCGAGAGAGCAGCAAGAAAGGAUGUUAUGCUUGUUCUGUGGUAGCUGAUGGAGAAGUGAAACACUGUGUGAUCUACAGCACUCCAAGAGGUUACGGGUUUGCAGAACCAUAUAACCUGUACAGCACACUUAAGGAUUUGGUUCUUCAUUACCAGCAGACAUCCCUUGUCCAACACAACGAUUCCCUAAAUGUCAGGCUUGCUUAUCCUGUCUACGCACAGAUGCCCCCCUCUCUCUGCAGAUAAAUUUUGGGGAGAAGGAAAGUGUUGGCUAUCUUGGAUUCUUUUCUACAAUUUUUAUUAGAACUUGGAGGGCAUUCUUUCUCCUUAGACUGCUUGUUUUGCACAAGAAGUGAUUCUGUGAAUGUGAAUCAAAAAGAGGCCUAGCAGCAACAAGAUGACAACUUGGGUGUAGGUGUCCUGGUGCUACCUUAAAAGCUCAGCUGUGCUUUUACACUGAUACUUUUGUUUCCUUAUGAGGGGAAAAAACUCAACACAAUACAUACAAAAUUAAUGGAAGCAAAACAUCGAUUUAUGGAGAAUUUUUUGCCAGGCACCUUCAGUGGAACUUGUAGUUGGAUUUUGUUUUCUCUUGUUCUUGUAGAGACAAUUUGAAGCCUCUGCUGGAGGCCUCAGUAAUGUCUUUCAGUCUUAAGCUCCCAAGAAACUAGGGAGGGAAACUCUACCACAGCAAUUCUUCUCUGUUAAUUUUAGCAGCUUCACUGCGAUUCAGCCAAACUUCCAAAAGAGGGCUUGUCUUGAGGUAGCAUGGAAUUUGGUGAGAGAAGACCAAAGGAAUUAUGGGAAAGCUUCAGGUUUUAUUUAAAUGGAAAAAUGCUUGUAAAGAAACGUUGCUUUAUUUUUUGCCAACAGUAACAAAGUUUUGGUUUCAAUGGCACUACAGGUCUUCACUCAAAGGAAACAUUUAUAACCAAAUUGAACACACCAAAACUUUGUUCAUUGCUAGAUUGAGCACUUAUGGGGAAGGUUGCAUUAGCAUCUGCACAUACUUUCUACACCAAAACUUGAAACAAAUAAAAGGAAAAGCUAAACAUUUGUGUGGCUUCAAAACACUAAAUUCGUUUGACCUGAUAUAAUUCCUCACUCUCCUCUUUCUUCACCUCCCUUCCUCCCAUUCCUAAGCUUGGGAUUCUGUUUUCAAUUGUUGAUGAUACUGUGCUUCAGAAUGUAAACUAGAAUGAAGCUUGCACUCACCUGUUGUAGUUCUCUUGCUGAACAAUGACAGGCUCUUUUAACACUUGAUUUUGGUAUAGAAGAGGCUUCUGGAUGGCUUAUUGUACCAAAUUCUCUCAUGUGGUCUAGUCCUUUCCAGUUGUAUAGAAAUGAGCAUGCUAAUUAUAGAUCUCCUCUGGCUCGUUUUUUAUAAGCUAGGUUCUGAACCCUCACACCACUGCAGCCAAGCAAGAUUUUACACUGGUGUAAUCUAAAUUCCCCUGUAGUUAUUUUGGACAUGAUGUAAAACACACGAAAGGAGCUGUACUCCUCAGUUAUUGUAUGUCUGGUACCAUCCUUUGGCAAGGGCUGCUGUCAAAUCCUGGAGUGGGUAGUCCUGGGCUUUGUCAAGUAUAGCAAUCAUCCAAUAAAUCCCCUCCCUGGAAAGUAUACAAAGUAGCUUAUUUCCAUUCCUUAAGCUUCUAAAAUGAAAAAGAGCUAAAUCUGGCAAACUCAACCACUUGGCAUCAAAGCACAACUGGCAAAGUAAUUGUUCAGCGUGCAACCUUGAAAGUUACUUUUGUUCCUGUUACUGGAAGCAGUUCCUUUGCAAUGCACCCAUUGUGCAGGACAGGAAGCAGACAGUCAUGCAGGUCUGAGAACCCUCUAGACCUGUUUCUGACCCUGGGGUUUAUUGCCUAGUCAAAUGGUGGGGUUUUUUUUCCUAUAAUACCUAGGCAGUAAUGCAAGGCUUGUCAAUUUCUGAUGUUUACACUAAAAGUAUUAUUUCGCUUGAAUGUCAUGAAUUUGCAAGCAGGGAAGUGAAAAGGCUGGAGCAUGACAGCUGUUGCAGGAAGGGGAGUCUGGUUGCCUGGCAUGCCUGUGAGAUGUUUUAUUUUGCACUAAUGACCCUGACACAUCCCAGGUGCUUUCUAGUCAGCCAGAAUGUAAUCUUUAGGCAAAGAAUUCUGUAGAUGACACACUUUUCUAAUUAAAUGAAACACUACAAAGCUUAGCUAAACCUAGGUGAGAGAAUUUGUGCAAGCUGCUCUGUCAGAGUCACCCACAUCUGCUCGUGUGUCUCUUCUGUCCAGCUUCCCCAAGAAAAGGAAAAGCAAGAUGUAGCCUUUGCUCUUAGGGAAAAUCUCAAAUGAAUUCUUCAGUGGUAUAUGGACGUGGAAAAAUUUCUUUUUAAAGUAACUUGCCCUACUGCUUGGAUAAUCUGCAGUUCUAAUCUGGUAACUGUAAAGCUGUCAUUCUCACACCUCUUGUCCAUCUGACAUUCCCUUGGUGCUGGGCUGGGUCCAAAUGCCCAAUGAGAGAAAUCAGUUAAGACACAAAAGAUAGCCAGGUGCCUCAUGCCUGUGCCAGAGAAGUGUCUGCUUGUUUUCUCCUCCUUUGUGAUAUUGCUGAACUCUCCUCUGUCCACAGUGUUAAUGCCAGAGGCUGAUGGGUUAUGUAUUUCUGAUCCCUGUUUUUGAGAUAGGGACAACCUGGCUGAAGUGUUUCCCAUCUGAGCUGGUUUUAGAUAGGGCUCAGUUUUGUUUUAAACAAACGCAGGUCUCCUUUCAGGGUCAUAAAUCCUGGCACACCCUCUCAGCACUGACAGCAGCGGGAUAGCAAAGCGGGACUGUCUGAAGUUUCCCAGUUGUGGAAUCUGACUGAUCCUGUGAGGUCUUGGUCCAGGCUCCAGCCCUGGCUCUGCCAAGGUAAAUACAGUGUAAUUCCAUUGGCGUCUCUGAAGGUAGCUUGGCUUUAGAGUGGUGUGAGUGAGUUGGGAUUCUGGCCCCUUGCUCUCCGAGAUCUCUUCGCUGAUCUCAGGUGUGAUGUAUUUGCUGUGAGUGAUGCACUCGGAGCCAAUAAGCCAUCUUGAAGCCAUCUUUGAACUCCUGCUUUGCCAAACCUUCAGAUCAGGGCUGUGGGCAGGCUCUGCCCAUGUGUUUGGCUCCGUUAUCCUCAGCAGUCUCUCUGAGGCCGUGUUUUGCCACCGUCUCUCUUUGUGUUUGGUUUAGGGACCUGAGUCCUGGCUGCUAUUAUUGCUCCCCUUUGACUCUCACAUGCCAUUGCACAGAUUCUUUUUGCAUCCAUUUUGCACUUGUAGGACAAAUGAAAAUGGGUAUAAAAUUGACUGACCUCACAGGGUGAGGGCUUAGUCCUACUGUGCUCAGCCUGAUUCUUUUUGCUCAGUAGCGUUGGACCUGUGAGGAAACUUGUGGUGCCCAGGAGCUGGUCUACACUUGCACAACUGAGAAAUCAGAAAUGGGACUGUGAGAUGUAGGAUUAUACCCUAGUCCAAAAAGCAGCUGUUAAGCCUAAAACAAAUACAGGAAAAGUGAACAUAAAGACAAAGGAACUCAAGUUCAUUUAAAACAGUAAGAUGUGAGAAGGUUUUAGUUUCAGGAGUCAAAAUAUCAGGAGGAAAGAGGGGGAAAUAGUGUCACUGUUGUAGCAGCCAUCUGUUAUCAGACUGCAGUUAGAGGAGUACUGAUCUCAUUGACCCAUAUUGUAUUAAAUAUGUAUGUAGAGUUAAAUAACUUUUGCACAGUGUUAAACGGGGGUGGGGGUGUUGAAACUCAAAUAUGCACAGUUUCUUCUAAUCUGUUUUGAAGUAUAUUUGCAGGGAACAGGGGUGAUUCAGUAUUUUGUAUUUGUAUGGAUGGAAAUCAGGUCUUCUUCCACAGUUGCCAUUGGCCCCAUUGCAUCAGCUACGAGUGCCAUGUUUUUGAAGUUAGUAAGUUUUAAAUCUUUUCACACUAGUUUCUAUAUUGAUUACAAGUAAUAUCUUAGAAUGGGAAGAACCAAUCUAAAAGCAGAGGGAUGUCCUGACAGACACUUCACUGACAUGUGAAGGGAACAGUAUGUGAUCCAUCCCUUUCUGAUACUGGAGUGCUCUAGAUUUGGGUGUUGUAUUUUGUUGGGCUUUUUUAAUUCUGUGAGAAGCAGUGCAACUGUGUUGGUUAUUGCAAUCUACAGUUAUAUCCAGUCCAGUCCUCUGUCUUAUGCCAAAAAUAAAAUGCUCUUUCCACACCCAUCUCUCUUGAUGUGGCAGAUGGUAAAGAAGUUUUCCAUUUAAUAUGAUGGGCCUGAUUCUUUUCUCACUGACACAAGUGUAAGCAAGACUUCCCCAACUGAAAAACACGACAGGAAAAGAGCUUGUAUUUAAUCAUACCUGAAUUCAAGUCACAGCAGGGCAAAAAUCAGUUUGCCCUUUGCAAAGCCAGGCAACUGUAAUGGGAACUGUGGAAAUGAACAUGGACAUUAGUGGUGUUUUGGGUAGGACAGGGAAAGAGGAGAGUCUUGGUUGCCCCAAAUCCGGGGCUCUCUGCAGGCUUGGGUGGCACCAGGUCCAUAACUGAAUGCUGUGGCUGUUUAAAACAGCAGAAUUGCUAUAGGAGUGUCACAUCUUAAGUUUGGAAAAGCCCCUUAUUUGGUACUUGAACAAUCUCACUUCUGUUUUUGAAUGUCUGUUUAAUUUUAAUUUUUUUUUUACACCAACAGGGAAUAAAAAUCUGAAAUGUUAGUGAGUCUUGUAUGCUUGCUGCAUUGUGCAGACAUGAAACAGGUACUGCUUGUGGAUUGGGAGGGGUAAGGGACAGGUUCAAAAUGAAGUUUCACAAAGCACUAUGAUGGGUUGGGGGUUGUUUUGUUUAGAUCAUGUUUAAUAGCAGAUUUUGUUACAUGUAAGUUUCUUUAUGUUGAUUUGCAGUCUCUACCUUUGGAACAGUUAAAUCAAAAUAGCAUUGCCUAGGAGCAAAGAUGCUGUGAGGGGAGGGGGAUCAGGCUUGCUCAAAUUCAGUAUUCAAAGCAAAUUGCUUUAAAGAGGAAGGGUCAGUAUCCUAAAGCAUCCCUGUGAUUGCAGUUUGAUGAAGCAGUAGACAGACCCUGAUGUGGGACCUGCACCUUGCACCAUGAAAAAAAGAGUUGAUGCCAGAGCAGACCCUUCCCUUUGGAAUAAUUGGUUGUUUUCUCCUUAAAUGUCUGUGCAAGCAGAUAGUUAGGAUAUUAAUAGUUCUUAAGGAGUGGCUCCUCGUUCUGUAUUGGAAGGGAACUUUGCUGAUCCUGUCGUUUCCCUCGGCACAACAUGUGCAGCCAGGAGAAGGGAACCAAGUUACUAGCCCAAAUAAACAUGGGCCUGUUCGUUAAGCAGCUUGGCUAGUGAAGUACUGCAGGAGGAGUAGCUUUGGAUGGGGUCAGACGAAGUGUGUCCAACAUUUUUGUGAAUCUUGCACUCUGUGGGCAGAAAUACUUUCCACCAAAUGGGGAGGGGGGAAAAUAGUCUCUCUGGAAAUCUUUUCAGCUCCUUCCUGUUUGUUUGAAGGGGCAGAUAGGGAGCUUUAAGUCAUUAACCAUUUAGAUGAGGACAGUGCUUGAAGUGAUGGUCUUUGGGGCUGGCUCCAUACAAUUAAUGCAGAAUUGACUUUUUGGGUUUUUAUUGCUAUUGACCUAGAUUUGCCAUAUUUUAUGACUAGACUCACCAUUUGUUCUAAAAUUUGCCUUUUAAAAAAAUGUAAUACGAGCUUCAGAGAGGAAAAAAAAAAAAGUAAAAACGAGCCCUUACCGAUAGAAAAAAACCCCCACCUCAUUGAUCAACCCAUAUUACUGAAAACAGUUUUAAUUUGAGGCCCCCCCUCCACCACCUUCCUUUGGCAUUCUGUGAGAUGGGCCUUGGCACACGAGAGGGCUGAGGUUUCCCCCUGCAUUAGGCAGCACUGUGCCCAUGCACUUGCCAAGUGCUUAUAGUGAGGGGCUCGGGAGCAUUGGGAAAAAUUAUGGCAUCCAAAGAGAAAAAUAGUGUCACUGGGUGAAUAUCACCCCCUGGCACCAGUCUCGUGUCCUCAGGGGAGCUGUAGGAUGCUGGUGCCAGCCCUGAGCUGGUCUCUGUCAGGUGUGGUGGGGGUUUGUGUUCGGUCAGCUGGCUGGGGUUUUGGUCUGUUUUGGUUUUGUGAGUGAAUUCUACAUCCAGCAGAGAUAUGUUUGAUGAAACCUGUUAAUUUUGUAUAUCUGGCUGUUUAUUGCACCAUGGGAUUGUAAUGGUCUGCAACAUCUGUGUGUGAGUGUGGAUGUGUGUAUAUGUACUGUAUGUAUAUAGAUAUAUGUAAAAUAUAUUCACGUACACAUUUAUAUGCAUUAGCUGUAAGUGGCACUGCCCCUUAAGAAUAAAAACAAAAGUCACUGUUAGCACAUUCUGCCACGCGUUUAGGCAGAGUUGGUUUGGGGUUUUUUCUUUUUUGUCAAAUGAAAAGGAGUUUAUUGUGUUCAUCUUGCGUAUGUGCUUCUGAAAUGCUAAACUCUGGAUUUUCUUGGGGUGUUACUACUUUAUUUGUAAACCGAAUUGAAUUGGGAUGUUAUUUACUCUGGGACAAAGUACUCAACUUUGUCAGACCAAGGCUUAGCAAAAGGAACCCUCUUGCUCUCCUGCGAGGAGCAGUGACCAUUUGCACGUUUCAGUAGACCCCCAGACCUCCUGUCCAGAGCUGAUGUGCAAUGGGUGGUGUUGGUACAUGUCCCUUUGUGAGUGGACUCUUUGUAUAAGGUGUGGUUCAAUGUAAAGCAUGAGUGGGUGUUUGAUCUUGUAUCGAGGGCUGAAAUAACAGCACACUCCUUUGUACAACUUUUGCAUUAAUGUUUCUGCUUUUCUUUGACUUCUAUUUUCUUUAAGGGAAACUGCAUCUGUUAAGAACCUGCUUCUCCAGAAGCUAUCGAAUUAUUUUGUUUUCCAGGUGAAUUCCAGCAUGUAACUUUGGUACUCCUGUUUGUUACUUGUGUAAAACCUGUUCUUCUGUCGUUUAUGGUGUAGUCAAAAAAAAAAAAAAAAAAAAAAAAGAAAAAAAAAAGGAAUUAAUGUAGUUUAACUUUUAAAAAAAAGAAACAAACUGCUUCAUAAGGAAACCAAUUGUAUGUUAGUGUUUUCAGACAAGUCAUCCUGUAGUUUCUAGCUCAGUAAUGCAACACUGUACUUGUCACCAGGUGUGUUACAAUUUUGCUGUACUUUCUUUUACUAGAUGGUUGGGCUUUUAAAUCCCAGACACUAAGCAUCCUGGGCCUACUUGCUCUAGAUCAAAAAAAAAAAAAAAAUGCAAUAAAAAAUUGCAAUAAAGCACAUCGACAUGUAAUGUUUUAGAAGGAUGUACUGACAGCUGUUUCUAAUAAAUUCAGAACUGCAGCGUG